AUGCCGCCGAUCGGCAAGCCCGCUGUCCUCUGCUCUAUCGUCUUAGCCAUGACGGAACAGCAUGUGGACUCUAAACCUCCUCUGACGGGAUGGGGGUGGAUGUUCGCAGCCCUCGUGACGUACUACAGUCUCGCGACAGCCUACAACUACCUCCGUACGCCACAUCUACCCACGUCAAUUCCAUGGAUGGGCUACGGAAAGGGUUGGAUCGCAGGUUUGCGCAACUACUUUGCACUGACGCGCAGCCAGGAGUGGCUGCGGACAGGGUAUGAGAGAUAUAGCAAGGAGAACCGAAUGUUUGUGCUACCUGCGUUGCUUGGCAUCCAGGCCGAGAUCGUGAUGCCACAAAACCAACUGAGGUGGAUGUUUGACCAGCCGGACAGCAUCCUCAAUGCGAAGAAAGCACACUAUGACUUCUUAUGGGGCGACUAUUCGUUUCUGGACCCGGUCAUUCUGGGAGAUCCGUACCAUGAGCACGUGAUUCAUAAGAAUCUCGUACGGAACCUGCAUACCAUUAUACCGGAGAUGGAAGAGGAGGUGCCGUUCGCAGUGGCAGAUGUCUACGGUAUGGAUACGGAGAACUGGAGGAAGAUAGAGACAUUGGAGUCGUUUAUGAAGAUGGUUCCUGUGCUGACGAAUCGCAUGCUUCUUGGGAGGCCGCUGUGUCGAGAACGUGCCUUUUUGGACGCGGCCUUGGGCUUCACCGAGGACAUCAUUCGUAACCAGACGAUCCUGGGACUGGUGCCAAAGGCGUUGAGUGGGAUUCUAGGGCCUCUGCUCGGUCUGACGAGCAAGUGGCAUUUCCGGCAAUCGGCCAGGUUCACAUUGCCCAUGAUCAAGGAGCGCAUUGCAGCGUUUGAAAAGCAGGCAGCCGGGGACCCAGAAUACGCAAACUGGACGCCCCCGAACGAUUUCAUCACCUGGAGCUACCGUACAGCCAUGGCCGAGGGCCGCCUCGAGGAAGCCCAACCCGUUCGUCUGGCCCAGCGCCUCUUACCCAUUAACUUCGCUGCCAUUCACACGACCGCUCUGACGGCCCUGGACACGAUGCUCGGCAUCCUGAGCUCCGACCCCAGUAUCAUUGAGCUUCUGCGCGAAGAAGCAUACCGCAUUCAUCAGGAAGAAGGCAGCUGGACAAGACAAGGUCUCAAUAGGAUGCACCGCCUCGACUCUGCGAUACGCGAAGCCCAGCGCGUCACGCCCAUCGCACUGACAUUUGUACACCGCAAGGUCGUUGCUAAAGAAGGCAUCAUCACGCCGGAAGGGGUUCAUGUGCCGUAUGGAACACUGCUUUCUUGUCCAUGGGCCCCGUUGGCUCAGGACGAAGACCUCCACACGGACGCGGAAACAUUCGACGCAUUUCGCUUCUCGCGCCCGAGAGAGGAGUACGAGGCGAUGAGUGAGGAGGAAAAGGCCAAGGUGGAUACGUUGAAGUUGAAGCAGAUGGGUGCUGUUACCACCGCUGUUACGCAUCUCCCAUUUGGACAUGGGAGACAUGCAUGUCCUGGACGGUUCUUUGUGACGCAGGAGCUGAAAAUGAUUUUCGCGCACUUGCUGCUGAAUUACGACUUUAAGCCUCUUCCGGAGAACCCAAAGAGGAUGUGCGUGGUCAGGUUCCAAGUCCCGCUGCCGGCGCAGAUUGAGUAUCGUCGGCGAACGGAGGCGUGGACACCUGAAGUUAAAGCGUGA